GCCCCGCCGCGCACCAUGCUCCUGCUGGGACACGCGCGCCCGCCGCCCGCGCCCCAGCCCGCGCAGCAUCCCGGCCUCCGCCGGCAGGUAGAGCCGCCGGGGCAGCUCCUGCGCCUCUUCUACUGCACCGUCCUGGUUUGCUCCAAAGAGAUCGCCGCGCUCACGGACUUCUCCGGCUACCUAACCAAACUCCUGCAGAACCACACGGCCUAUGCAUGUGACGGGGACCACUUGACUCUGCAGUGCCCUCGGCAUUCCACCAUCAGUGUCCAAUCGGCGUUUUACGGGCAAGAUUUCCAAAUGUGUAACUCCCAGCAGCCAGCCCCCGAGAGGGAAGACAGCUUAACCUGUGUGGCACCCACCACCUUGCAGAAGGUGCUGGAUGAGUGCCAGAACCAGCGGGCCUGCCACCUCCUGGUCAAUAGCCGUGUCUUUGGACCUGACCUUUGUCCAGGAAGCAGUAAAUACCUGCUGGUCUCCUUUAAAUGCCAACCUAACGAGUUAAAAAACAAAACCGUGUGUGAAGAUCAGGAGCUGAAACUGCACUGCCACGAGUCCAAGUUUCUCAACAUCUACUCCGCGACCUACGGCAGGAGGACCCAGCAAAGGGACGCCUGCGCCUCGGAGGCCGGGUGGCUCCCCCCGUUCGACUGCUUGUCUUACUCAGCUUUACCCGUAUUGUCCAGAAGGUGCUAUGGGAAGCAGAGAUGCAAAAUCCUUGUCAACAACCACCAUUUCGGAAGCCCCUGUCUGCCAGGAGUGAAAAAAUACCUCACUGUUACCUACGCCUGUGUUCCCAAGAGCAUACUCUCAGCGAUUGACCCAGCCAUCGUUAACCUCAGACCGUCUCCGGAGCAGGAAGAUGGUGUUCACGGUGUCACCUUUGGCCCCAGUGAGUCGAAGAUUCUGCGGAAGGAUGGAGUGAUUGUCAGCAACUCUCUGGCGGCGUUUGCCUACAUCCGGGCGCACCCCGAGAGAGCCGCCCUGCUGUUCGUGUCCAGCGUGUGCGUCGGCCUGGUGCUCACCCUGUGUGCCCUGGUCAUCAAGCUGUCCUGCGCCAAGGACUUCCGGGAGCUGCGGCUGGGGAGGCAGCACCUGGUGCCGGGCAGUGACAAGGUGGAGGACGACAGCGAGGAGGGCCCCGAGGAGGAGCACUCCUCAGACUCGGAGUUCCCGGGGGAGCUGGCGACGUUCUGUAGGACUUCCUACCCGGUCUACAGCUCCUUAGAGGCCGCAGAACUGGCGGAGAGGAUCGAGCGCAGGGAACAGAUCAUCCAGGAGAUAUGGAUGAACAGUGGUCUGGACACCUCGCUCCCGAGACAUGUGGGCCAGUUCUACUGAGAGUGCCGGGAACGUCGCACAUCCUCGGGAGGGGAGGACCCGCCCUGGCUCCACAUCCGUGCACUGUGCCUUCUAUGAAGGAGAAGCUGGUGUGGCGUCCAGCACGGGGAAGCCAGGGCGUUGCCAAAGGGACACCGCACACUGUUUACAACGCAUUCCCAAAUAAACCGGGAGGGGGGACGUCUUUGCUUUCUGUCUUU